UGAACGUGUAUACCAACUGUUUAUAAAACUCCAACAGAAUUUGUACGACGAUUUCAAACAGAUGGCUUGUAAUGAUAAAGAUGGUGAAGAAAGUCAAGACAGACACCCCUCAAACGUGACUUCGUACAGUAGAACAGAUGAUUGUGAAAAUGAAAUACGAAUUAUUCUGAUAGGCAGAACUGGAAAUGGUAAAAGCGCUACAGGAAAUUGUAUCUUGAAGAAGAAUCAUUUUUUGUCAAAGGCUAGUGUUGAGUCUGUUACUACUGCUUGCGGAAGAGGUGAAAUUGAACGGGGUGAAAACAAAGUCAUCAUUGUAGAUACUCCAGGACUAUUUGACACCAAUCAUGUUUCGGAAGAAAUGAAAAAGGAGAUUGUUAAAUCUGUAGGUAUGAUGACACCAGGACCGCACGCAAUCAUUUAUGUUUUUAGUAUAACAAAUCGCUUAACAGAAGAAGAGACUAAAUCCUUUUUGGACAUGGAAAUAAUGUUUGGCAAAGAAUUUUAUAAUUAUGUCAUUUUAGUAUUCACUGGGAAAGAUUGGAUUGAUAGGGAAAAAGUAGAAUUGCGUGAUUUCCUUAAACAAAUGCCAGAGUUUUUCCAACAAGUUUUAACAAAAUGUAGUCGUCGUGUCCUAGCUUUCAACAAUAUAAUAGAAAAAUCAGGUAAAGGAAAUGAAGAACAAACUGACGAAUUGUUUAAAAUGAUUGGUCAAAUGAACACGAAUGGCAAAGAAAAAUACUGCUCUGAAGGACUUGUAACCGUGGCUGAACGGUUUUUUCAGGAAGAGAUAAGAAAAUUGCAGAAAAAGGCAAAAUCGAGAGGGACAUCGGACGACCCUUAUGUUCUGAGAUUACAACUGAGACAAACAAUGCUUGAUGAAAUUCUUUUGGAAGGACAUUUUUUUAAAAGACUUUGGUUGAAAGUUUCUAAUGUUAGCCAAGAAGUUUGCUCCAUUUUGUAA